CCCUGCCCAUGGUUCCUGAGCCCACUCGGGCUCCGCAGGCCUUGACCGCAGCUCACUUGCGUCCUCAGCAUUUUGCUGCCGCCUAGGGGCAGCUCUCCUGGGAGGUGCCCAUGCCGCCGCUGCCCGCGCCCAGGGGGACUACAAGUUCCAGCGGCCCUCGCGUGCCCGUCGGUCGUCUUUAGGGGAACCGCGAUGCUGAGCCUGCUGGGAAUCGUAGUUCGUGGGGUUUCCUCAACGCGGGUCCUUCUGGGGAGCUUAUCGUCCGAAUCUGUCGAGCAGUGGGCAUCUCUAAACUUUGGGGACCUGGCGGAGAGGGGGGCUUUUCCGAUCGGGAACCCAGAAAGGCUUGGGAGUUGAGGGCCAGGGCUCCUCAAGGCCCCCAUGUGCCGCUGUUCCCCACUGUCAUGCUCCAUCCAGCCAAGCCGCGUCAAGGGGCGGGGGAGAGGCGUGGUGGGGGUGGGGGGGGUCACCUGCCAGAAAAGCCUGGGAAGCCAAGGUCUGCCCCCGGACUCGGGGCUUCAUCCCCGCCCCUCAGUAGCUCAUCCCUAGCCGGGGCUACCCCGUGGGAACCGGGACCAGCUGGCCGGAAGCGCCAAACUGUGUCCCCGUUGAGCCCCUGGGGAUCAAUCAAGCCGAGGAGUUAAUUAUGUAAUGAGGGGGCAGGGGGUCGAGGCUAAUGAAGCCUGGGGGAGGGAGAGUACCCAGGUAUCCGGCCCCCUUUUGGACCCCUUCCAGCCCCCAGGGGUCUCCACUGCCGCCCAACUCCCGGGCCCCAAAGAGGGGAGGGGCUGUGAUCCUGGGUCUGGAAGGGGCUGAGCUGUGAGCUAUAAAGGGGGCAUCUCAGCACCCGGCCUGACCCGAGGCCAGACAGGACUGCUCCCCCAUGUACCAUCCCAGAGAUCUGUACUCCUCCCUGGGGCCCGGCUACCGCCUGGGGCCCCCCCAACCCGGGGCAGACCCCAGCUUCCCACCAGCCCUGGCAGAGGGUUACCACCACUACCCUGGGGAGCAGGGAGACCCACUCCUGCGUAGGGGUUGGGUGAGUUGUGGCCCCCGGCUAGCCCCUCAUUCUCCCCCACCUCCAGAUCUGGACCCUCCCAAACUGGAUUGCUACCUCCCCGGGGGCAUCGAGGCUGCUUCCCGCACCCUGGCUGCUCCCCCACCUCUGCCCCCACUGCCCCCAGCCCUGGGCACCGAGUCGGCGCCCCCAGCCCCGGAGACCUUGCACUCGCUCCCGGGAGUCAGCCUGAGCCUGGAGAACCGGGAGCUGUGGAAAGAGUUCAACUCCGUGGGGACGGAGAUGAUCAUCACCAAAGCUGGGAGGCGCAUGUUCCCCGCUUGCCGGGUGUCGGUCACCGGCCUGGACCCGGAGGUCCGCUACCUGUUCCUUUUGGAUGUGGUGCCAGUGGACGGAGCCCGCUACCGCUGGCAGGGCCGGCGCUGGGAGCCCAGUGGCAAAGCCGAGCCCCGCCUGCCUGACCGAGUCUACAUCCACCCUGACUCACCUGCCACCGGGGCCCAUUGGAUGCGGCAGCCUGUGUCUUUCCAUCGGGUCAAGCUCACCAACAGCACACUGGACCCCCAUGGCCAUCUGAUUCUGCACUCCAUGCACAAAUACCAGCCCCGAAUACACCUGGUGCGGGCCGCCCAGCUAUGCAGCCAACACUGGGGGGGCGUUGCCUCCUUCCGCUUCCCCGAGACCACUUUCAUCUCUGUGACAGCCUAUCAGAACCCACGGAUCACACAACUGAAGAUCGCAGCCAACCCCUUUGCCAAGGGCUUCCGAGAGAAUGGCAGGAACUGUAAGAGGGAGCGGGACGCCCGUGUGAAGAGGAGACUACGGGGCCCAGAGCCAGUAGCCGCAGAGGCCUAUGGGAGUGGAGAGGCACCCGGUGGCCCCUGCGACUCCACACUGGGUGGGGACAUUCAUGAGUCAGAGCCAGAGCAGGCCCCAGUGGCCAGGGAGGCUGUCCCUGCCCCACUGUGUGGCGGCCCCAGCGCUGAGGCCUACCUCCUGCACCCUGCAGCUUUCCACGGGGCCUCCGGUCACCUUCCCACCAGGCAAGUGAGCAAGAGCACAGGGCUGUUCUGGGGUGGGUGGGGGGCAGGGCUCCCUCACUCCUGUUCUAACACUUCUUUCCAUUUUAGGAACCCCAGCUUCUCUGAGGCUCCAGACUCUGGGCGCCCAGCUCCCUACUCGGCGGCAUUCCUGGAACUGCAGUCAGGGCCGGGGGGCUCAGGAUACCCCACAGCUGCACCCCCAGCACCCUUUGCCUCGCACUUUCUCCAGGGGAGUCCCUUCCCCAUCCCCUACCCAGGGCCUGGGGGUUACCUGGAUGUGGGUUCCAAACCAAUGUACUGAACUGCAGCUGGGGCCCCUUACUGUCCCCUCCCCCACAUACCUCCAGCUCCCUUCCCCCAGGCCUACAGCACCCCACUUCCACUGUUCCCAUCCCCCACACCAAAUGGCCACUUUGGGCCUCCCCCCACCCCUACUUCACACUUUGAUUCACUCCACCCCCCUCUGGCUUCAAAGCUGACUAAGCUACUGGGAGGCCAGCUGGGGCCAGCUUCCCCUUCCCGGCUCUCACCUCUGUGUGAAUGGAUAGGGGCUCGGCCUGGCCAAAUGGGGCCCCAGGCCCGCCUCCUGGCUUCACCCUUGGGCUCUGUGAGUUCUACCCCCCCCACUCCCCAACAAGCCUGUUUUCAGGACCAGAGUAUUUCUGUUAAUAAAAUUCCAAAGACACCAGUGGUCUGGGAGCCCUGGACGGGUGCUACCGGCCCCACACAGGGCUGAGUGAGCAAAGCUUUGUGGGGAGACCACAGUCCUGUGGUUGGUUUCUAUCCAGCUGUUGACCUUGAGCCUAUAGCUCAACCUACUCUGGGCCCACUUCCUCCUGGAGUGCUGACCCACUCUGAAAAGGAAGAUGGCCUCUCAGAGGAAGCCUCUUGUUGCCACCGCUGGAUGGGGGACUAGGAAGAUCUCAGGCCCUCCAGGCCC